AUGGCUGCCAGCAGCCCAUCUGCUCCAGCCCUGCUUCUGGACACUGUCAGUACACUGGCUCAAAUUGCCCCCUGCUAUGUCCUGCUGAGUGCCGCACGGGACAGAACAGAUGAACAACAGGGGGGGGGGGGGUGCGAUGAUGCAUGGGUCUGUUCGAUGAGCCCUAGGGACGCCACGUGCCCCCGCCCUCCCCUUGCCACCGUCCCAGCUGAGCGGCCCGAGCACAACGGGACAGCAUCACACAGCAGCAGCGGCGAGCAGAACUGCCUUAAUGUAGCCCCAGUUAAUCUUUAA